AUGCCCAAAAACAACCAUCACGCUUCCUUUGCAAAGACAACAAGCCACAAGAAAUCGGAAAGCUCCAAUCUUUUCUCUGGAGUGGAAGGGAUCAAGAAAAAGAGAGUCAAUGCUCAGACUCAAUUGGUAAACUCGAUCCGAAAGAAAAAGAUGGAAAAAGCUUUACAGCACGAAUAUGAAUUGGAAAAAUUGCAUAAAGAGGAAGAACGAAACGAUUUUCUGAGUAAAAUUAAUGAUGAAAAUGCUGGUGCAACAGUGGAAGGACAGUUUGAUAUGAUGAGAGGUUUAUUGAAAAAAACAAACAAACGAUCGGGAUUGGAUAUGUUUGAUGAUGACGAUGAUGAUGAAAACAGUUCUUUGAGCAACACAAAAAAAGACAUAGAGAACGUUGACGAACAGAGUCUUGUAAAAACCAGUGAACAACAACACUCCAUCUUGGAGAAGGUUCUUUCGAAAAAACAAAAGAACGACGAGUUCAAAAAAAAGUAUGAAUCUGCCAAUUCCACAACAACUUCAACAAAUGCGAACACAGCACACACUCAAUCUCAUCAAACCAAAAGCCAACCAGUGACAACACUCUCUAUACCCUCAGUGUCGCAAUCAUCUCAUCAGUCAAACGCUCAACAAGUUUUUACAGGUGAUAAAGAAUUACCAUUCAUUAAGGCACCCAUUACCAAGACAAUAUGUCUUCAUUGUGAGAGAGAAAAGACUCCAAAGGGUAUGAUGAUUAAAUACAUCGUCAUCAUUAACGACAAAGAUGAAGUUAUUUAUCACUGUAUUUCUGAGGAGGUUAAGAACUUGUUGAAUUCUGGGGACGAUUCUGUUGAUACCACAUCUCAAUUAAGUGGCCUUGGAGAAGUGACAUACUCUCUCAUGACCAUUCGAGAACAUGUGAGCAAAAUUUUAAGGAAUGCCUUUGUAGUUGUUGGACACACCAUUUUCCAUAACUUGAUUGGAAUUUUUGGUCCCAGAAACGUCCACGAAUUCAAGUCCAAACUACGAGAUAUUGGUGUAGUAGAUCCAAACUCUGAGCAGAAAUAUGACACAACCACACUGACCAACAUUCCUCUCCUUAUUUCACGACUGUUAGGUCUGACCAACACCAAAAAGAUGAAUCGAGUAGAAGUGGCCAUUAAUAUUUUGAAAGCCUACAAAUUACACGCAAAAACAUUUGAUCAAUAUUCAAAGAAAUCCUCACUCGAUUUGUUAGGUUAUGAAGAGAGACAAUUGAUGAAGCGAGAACAGAAAGCUCAAUACCAACAAAAAUACAUGACGACCAUCAACAACGGCAUUGACAACCUACUUGCUCAAAUGAAGAACAAGUAA